AGUCAAGACACAGUCGUGCUCGGUGCGUCGUCGCGGCCGGACGUGUAUUUACGUGGUCUCUAGUGUCAAAAUUAACAGUGCUUUCGUGUGUUCAUUAAUUGUGCAUCAAAAAACGUGUUCCAACGAUAAUUUUGAAUGAAAUAACUCAUAAUAUGGACGGAUAAUAUGCACCAAAACGCGUUCUGUUAAGAUGUCGGCCACCUCUUCGAUGGCCUGACACGAUGUUCCGCACGGCGUCAGUCGAGGGCUCCGGGCCGAGGACGCCGCCGGCCUACGCCCCUCACCCCCCUUACGUCCCGCCCCGUUUCUUCCCCCCCGCCAGAAUCCGGCCACCCCCUCCCCAAUACUGCUUCGACGCAGCGCGCUUCGCCUGUGACGCUUCUAAGCCUCGCUACUUGGACGUGGAACGAGAGAGGCUUGUCACCAGAUGGCUGGCAGAAGCCAACGAAGCUUUUGUACGGAGAGAACGACCUCCCCCUCCGAGAUACAAGCCUCGGAGCAGUGAAAGACGACAGGAUUAUUUAGAUAGGAGGCCAAAUGCUCCAGAAUGGGCAGAUAAUUUCCUAUUGGGUAGGAGAAACGGCUCUGUCGAGCCUGAAGACGAUGCUAGUGAAGUGAUGACGUUGAAGGAGUUCGUGGAGAAGUUCUCCUUGCCUCGAGUGGUCAAGUUUGAGAAUGAGGAGAGGCCAGUGUUGUUAUAUCGAGUACUAGAGGCGCAUAGGCGCGUGGAGGCUGUGCCGCUGUCAGGGAAGAAAGGCAAGCUGGUGGGCAAGCCGCUGUAUAUACCGGAUUCCUAUGAUGGUUGGUUCUCAGCGUGUGGGUGCAGGGGCGGAGCGCUAGCGUCCGCGCGGGGCUCCAUCGCGGCGCUGCUGAGGGCGCGGGCCUUCGCCCUCGUGUCUCCUCGGGCCAUUUCGGCUUACCGAGCGCGGCCGUCAUCAGACAGUGGACGCGUGGGGGCGCAGUACGAACGCGCGGCUGCGAGGCCCGGAACCCCACUGCGACUGGCCGGGGUCUUCGCCGACGGCAGCAAAGCCAAGGCUCCAAAAUAUGCGCAGCUCAUCGAUCCCCAGGGAAACGAGCUCUUCGUGCCAAUUAACACGAAAGGCGAGUUGUAUGAGGUGUGUCCCGAGGAGCUCUCCCCUACGGACUGGGAGCCGGCGGGGGAGGCACCCCCGCCCCCCGAGGCAGGUGCGCGAGCGCAUAGAUUGCCACAUCUCCUAAGUUUAUGGCGACUUCCCACCAGAGUGCGUUUGCUGGCCGGUACGGUGCCGAUCGAGAUGGCGCAUGAUGUUGGAGAUGAUCUUCUGCUGCGGGCGGCGGUGACAGAGCCAGUAUUAGUGAUGUGCACCCUACCGGAGUACGGGUCAAUGCCCUCCAGCCCCAGCAAGCAGGUGGACCCCCGCUAUCACGCCAAGGAGACCCUGCAACUCCUUCCUCUCAACAGCAACGUGAGAAUCCGCCGGACGCAACUAGGCUUCGAGAGUGAAAAGAGGAUGUUCCUAUCAGCCCGCCUGCAGAAAGCGCUAACUUUCUGUCAACUCAACGUUGACAACUGGAUCAGGCAGAUCUCCUACGCCAGCACCGCCGUCGUCGGCAAAGCUAAAACCGCAGAGGACCUCAUCAGGGAAGACCACGAACCAGUCAAGUUUGAAAAAGAACGCAAAUUCACCUUGCAAGGACUUAAGAUUGACACUUCAAGACUUUUCGGGAAAAGCGAGAAGGUUCUCAAAGAUAUACCCGACGAGACUGAAGGCUCUAUCAUAUUUUUAAGCAAAAACGAACUCGAACAUAUGAAUUACGACGUGUAUAGCGAUGAUGAAGGAAAAGACGAGAAGGUUGAAGAGAAAAUUGAGCAGGAACAGUUCUCGAACGAUAAAAUGCAAGUGUUCAGAGAAGAUUCAGGGCAGAAGAAGAGCAAAUGGUUUAAAAAUAUUAAACUGUUAAAGAGCACCGAGAAAUUGACUGAUGAAAAGUUAACUGCUAUAGAAAACAGUGAGAAGGUUAGUGUUAAGGACCCAUUUGAUCCUUUAGGAGAGAAACAUAGUUCAAUUGAGCGGUACCAAGACAUGGCAAAGCUUAUUGAAGAUAGAUUCGGAGCUACGAGGAAAAAUGACGGUACAACAGAAAAGAGCUAUUCAUACAAAAGUCUCACGACGUCUUCGUCCGACAUGGGGACUAGUCAAUGUAGCUCUAACCAUAAAAAGCCUAUCUUGACGAAAUCUGUGUCAGUUCAAACUGGCAUGCCAGACAACUCCUUCAAUACAGAUGAGAACAGCGGCAUCGCCAUGAAACACGGCCGUAAGAAUCUAAGCGUUGACCAAAUAAACUAUUGUGGUUCUAUGGAAAGUGACGCCAGUUCUAGCAGAAAGCUAAAGUCUUUGGACGAAAACAUGCUCAAAAAGUCAUCAGCUACCAAGUCAUCAACCAAUCUUGAAAGAAGACAAAGGAUACAACCAGACUUAAUCCCAGAAAAAGCUAUGGCUAAGUCAGAGUCCUACAAUCAAAUACAAAGUUGUGAAGAAAUUAAUAUGUUCGGUGUUGGGUCUUUGUAUAACGACAGCGAUUUUGAAAUAAACUACAAACAACAUUCGUUUAUCACUGAAAAGCUGUGUUCAGAAUUCCAUGUUAAGACAAAACGUGUGCUCAGUAAAUCUACAUCAAAUUUGUUACAUCCCAAGAAACUAAGUGAUAAAAAAGAAGGUAGCAACAGCAACAGUAUGCCAACGAAGAGUGAACGCUCAGCUGAUAGCGACAAGCUUGUUAAUUUCAGAAAGAAAAUUGACAAGCCAAGGGCGCCAACACCUAAAUCUGAAAUAGAGGACGAAAUAACAACUGUUGAUAUAUCCGAGGAAGAACCACAGAUCCAGGUGAAGAUACGACGAUCAAUAUCCUCAAUACAGAAACGCAAGCUUCCAGUUAUUGAAGAUUUACCAUACGGCCAAGUUGCUGAUGCUGUUGAAAUUAAAGAAGAAAAGGCAGAUUCAGAUGCAAGUUCAGACAAUAUUUACGCAGAAAUAUGUACUCCUAAUGGGAAUAAAGUGAAUGAUGAAGAAAACUAUGAUAAUAAUAUAGAUGUAUUAGCUACCGAUCCAGUGAUUUGUAAUGUUAAGAAAGAAGUUAUUAUAAGAAACGAUGAAAGAGCGAGGCAGAUGAUUGAGAAUCAAGAGAACCCUUUUAGACAUAUUGAAGUGGUUGUUAUAGAAAAGACAACAGACUUCGAUUUGGACAAUUCGAGUGUGACUUCCAGUGAAAUAGAUGACACAGGGAGUAGAAACGAUGUGUCGAUAGCGAUAGAUUCGUGGGAGCGAGACAAAGUUCCUUCAGAUCCUAAAAUCCAUGCGAUACGGCUGGAGAUCACUAGUAACAUGGAUGAUUAUCCUGAAACUGAAAGUCAAAGUGUAGAUAGGGCAGAAGUCCAUUUAAGUAAAGAUAAUUGUUUAAGUUUUAGCAACAGUAUCCAUUUGAAUGGUACAUAUCCCAACGAGGCCAUUUAUGAUACGUUAAAAUAGUUUCUAUAAGAUUUAAUUUGAAAGCCAGCAACUUGGAUGAUAUGUGGUUGUUGUGUAAUUUUGAAAUAAAUGUUCGGGGAUGAUUCGAACAUUAUAUCCUUUCGCAUUCGCCUAGUUUGAAAACAAGUUUCAAGGGCGAGUUGUUUUUGUAUAAGAAACAGUCAAUUUGAUCUUAUUUUCCUGCAUGGUUAUUACUAUAUAAUCUAUUUGUCAUUGGUUUGAUUUAUAAUCCACACUUCAGGAAAAUUAUGAUUCAGGCACCUAAAAAUCGAACUUUUUCCGGGAUACUAGGCUCUCAUGAUUCUUCGGGGGUCAUCAAAUACGUUAAUUCGCCAAAAUGGCGUGGAAAAUGUGGAUUUCUGAAGUAUUAGCUUUAUCUUCACUGAUAAAAGUUUGUAAACAAUCUAAUUACUUAUUUGUUCACGUUUUAAAAUUUCACUCGUAUCUAUCAAUUGUAUAACUUGUUCAAAACAAGGUUACUGUUUAUCGAUGGUACAUUAUAAUCACUACACUGUAAUAUUAACCGUUUAUUUUUGUAUAGUAAUGACGCAGUGUACUUUUGUGAAGCACAAUUUAAUUUUGCAAAUCACAAUUUUAGCACCUAUUAUUUAUCACAAGUUAUAAAAUGGCAUCAAGAUUAUAGAUUUAUCCCUAGUCGUAUAUCGUCUAAGUACGGAAGAAAAAAUUGUUGGUUGUCAAAACGUGAUCUAAAGGUGCGUUUACAGUGGCUAGCCAUUAGCUGUGGAUUGGUUGGACUGAGCCGAGUGGGAGUAGAAUGAGCAUUCGCUCGCUUUGAGAGUAAAUCAGCCUUAAGAAGAAAGCGAUUCAGGCCUGUGUAGGUGAGAGCAUCCGAGCGUUUUCCCGGCUCCUUUUCACGCCAUAGAGCGUCGGAGUCCAGGGUCCGCUAUCUUACUUUAUCUCCGCACACGCACAAUCUUUGGCAUCCUUCGUUUUCAGACCGUCUGUUGACACACAUCCUCGAAGACGACACUCCUCAAAUUUGCAAGUCACCGAUAUGAAAGCUGCUGCGAAUGCAUGAUGUGUUCGCUUAUAAUAUAACAGGUAGUAUCUUGCCACACGAUCACCGACAUCAGAAAUCAUUAAUUUGAUUUGAUAAUCUUGGUGACAAUAUAUAAUUAGAUUCAUCACAAUUAAUUAAUCACAUUUUCGAGUCUUCUUUGAUAUAUAUAUGACGUUGCGCGGGGCGUCGAGCGGGGCGUGGAUAUCUUUCCACACUUCCUCCUGUUCCCUCACAUGAGUGGCUUUUUAGACUUCAUUUGUUUUAUCUUUAAAUUUGCCAAACAGUAAGCAUAUUGCUCACUAUUUGUAAACAAAAGUUAGAGACGAAUUAGCGCUGCGUAACGUUGAAUAUAUCUGUUAUAAAGGCUUUAUACAGCAAAUUGGUGCUAUUAUGGUGCUUGAAAUACCAAUACCGUUAGUCCAGAAAAUAAAUUUAACUGUUAAUAAACCAUUUUCGUCACAACUUUUAUGUAAAAAUACUGUAAAUUUAGUUUUUGAACUAGCGGUAAGGUUAAUUAGUUAUAAGUAUCACAUGACAAUUUGUAAUAUAAAUGUACCAUAUAGUGUUUAAUGUUGUAUUAUACCUAACAAAUAAUGUUGCAUUAAGUCUGAUAUGUAAUUAAUACCAUGUGACAUAAGAAUACACGAAUUAUCGAA